AUGGAGGAAAAAAAUAAAAUUCAAGAAGCAGAAAAACUUAAAAAUUUAGCUUUUUGUGGUGUUGCUAUUUCCACUGUUGCUACACUUGUUUGUGCUAUCUCAAUUCCUAUGUUAUAUAGUUAUUUACAAGGAAUUCAAUCAAAUAUGCAAAGUGAAAUUGACUUCUGUAAAGCAAGAUCAGGUAAUAUUUGGAAAGAAAUUACCAGGACACAAGUUUUAUCUAAAGUUACUGGAGGUAGAUUUGCACGUAAAGCUGGUUAUGGAAGAGGAAGACAAUCAUAUGGGGAUGAAUUCAGAAUACUUCAUGACUCACCAUUCGGUGGUGGUUGUUGUGGAUGUGGUGUUUCAGGACCCGGUAAUCCUGGACCACCAGGAGCUGAUGGUAUGCCUGGUGCAGAUGGUGAACCUGGUCUUCCAGGAAGAAAUGGACCUGAUGGACCUUCAGCUACACCUCCUCCAAGAUUUGAAUUUUGUUUCGAUUGUCAACCAGGACCACAAGGACAAGCCGGUAGACCUGGACCUAAAGGACCACCAGGAAAACCAGGAAGUCCAGGUAGUGAUGGUAUACCAGGAAAUGUUGCAUCAAGUGGAGAACCAGGUGCACCAGGUGAGGCAGGUGAACCUGGAAGACCAGGUAUUCCAGGACCACCAGGACAACCAGGUAUUAUUUUGGAUACUCCUGCUCCUGAUGGUCCACCUGGACCACCAGGUCCACAAGGUCCACCCGGAAUACCAGGUCAACCAGGUGAACCAGGAGUUCCAGGAAGUGAUGGAAAACCAGGUGAGGCAGGUGAAUCAGGAAUUAAUGGUGCUCCAGGAAAACCGGGUCAAAAUGGAAACGAAGGUUCAACAGGACCACAAGGUCCUCGUGGUUCUUGUACUCAUUGUCCAUUACCUAGAACUGCUCCUGGAUAUUAA